AUGACCUCAGCCAAGGUCGUGGCCUUGUAUCAAACGGUGGACGAAGCUCCCACCAGCAGUGAUUAUGUUGACAACCAGCAAUUGGUCCGGCUGGGCAAGAAACCAGUCCUCAAGCGCAACUUUGGCUUCAUGUCCAUCUUGGGCUUUAGCUGCACCAUCCUCAUCACCUGGGAAGCAACGCUCGUUCUCUCCACUCCUGGCCUGGCCAACGGUGGUCCGGCAGGCGUCAUCUACGGCUACGUCAUUGUCUGGCUCGGCAACAUCUCCGUCUUCACCACCCUCUCGGAGCUCGUCUCCAUGGCACCAACGUCCGGCGGCCAGUACCACUGGGCUGCCAUGCUGGCCCCCCGCUCGUGCGCCAAGUUCCUCAGCUACUUGACCGGGUGGCUCACCGUCGGCGGGUGGCAGGGCUCCGUCGCCUCGAGCGGCUUCCUGACGGGCAACAUGCUUCGCGGCAUCAUCAUCAUGACCGCCACAUACUACGACUACACGCCGGAGCCGUGGCACGCCACUCUGCUCUACUGGGCCGUCAUCCUCUUCGCCGUCUUCAUCAACGCCGUCGUCUCCUCGGCGCUGCCCAAGGUUGAGGGCCUGAUUCUGGUCCUGCACGUCUUGGGCUUCUUCGCCAUUCUCAUUCCCCUCGUCAUCCUGUCACCCCACGGUGACGCCCAAUCCAUCUUUUCCGACUUCCAGAACACGGGCAUGUGGCCUACCCAGGGCCUUUCCUUCAUGGUCGGCAUGAUUGGCAACGUCUUUGCCUUUGUCGGCACCGACGCCGCCUUCCACAUGGCUGAGGAGACGCACAGCCCGUCUAUUGUCGUGCCCAGGUCCAUCUUGAUCAGCAUACUCAUCAACGGCGCAACCGGCUUCGCCAUGACCAUUGCCGUGCUGUUCUGUUUGGGUGACGACCUGGACUCUCUUCUCAACUCCGCCACCGGCUUCCCGCACAUGCAAAUCUUCCUCAACUCGACCGGCAGCAUCUCGGGCGCCACCACCAUGGCUGCCAUCAUCACUACUCUCGGUAUCUGCGCAACCAUUGGCAUGCUGGCUUCCACCUCUCGCGUCUUUUGGUCAUUUGCUCGCGAUCACGGUGUUCCGUUCUGGCGCACACUGUCCAAGGUCGACUCCCGCACCACGGUUCCCCUGUAUGCCAUCGCCGUCACAACCGUCAUAUCCUGCCUACUCGCUCUCAUCCAGCUUGGUUCCGUCACCGCCUUCAACAGCAUCGCCUCCAUUUCCGUCUCCGGUCUCUACUCCUCGUACCUCAUCGUCGCCUUCCUCCUCCUCUAUCGCCGUUGCACCUCUGGCUUUAAGAUGCCCGACCCGUCCGAGCUGCCUGCCCUCGCCAAUACCUCGGGCUCCGAUCUUGUCUGGGGGCCCUGGCACGUUCCCGGCGCUCUGGGUAUUGCCAACAACGCCUUUGCCUGCAUGUAUCUUACUGUCAUUUGGUUCUUCAGCUUUUGGCCCCCUGCACUGCCUGUGAACCCCGACAAUAUGAACUACGCGCCGCUUAUGACGGGAGCCGUGGUGUUAUUCAGCAUCGUGUAUUACUUUGCGUGGGCGAACAAAGAGUACCAGGGGCCUAUUAUUGAGAUUGACAUUUAA